AAGCCUGUGAGAUGGUUAUGGGAGAGGGCUGACAAAGGGGGGAGGAAAAUUAGGCCCGCCAGCAUUCUUCUCAUUUAAAGCUGUAACUACACAAAAAAAGGCACUCACGCAGUCGGGGCUGGGUCUGCUUGCUGCUUACAAGGAGAGGCACUCUUGUAUUCAUGGUGGUGCAGUGAUAACCUGAGCAUUUUUUCUCCUUUUUUCUUUGCACACACAGAAGGCUCAUGUCUUUCUUAUAGACAUGAUGAGCUCUGUGCAUUUAAGGACUUUCCUUUUUCUGGUGGUCUCCGUGGCUCAGGUUUUGAUUGUUACAUGUCAAGAUGGGAGCGAUGGAGGUGACACGAGCUGCACGGCCGACGGCCAGGUGUACACAAACAGGGACAUCUGGAAGCCCGAGCCAUGCCGGAUCUGUGUGUGUGACAACGGCCUGGUCCUGUGCGAUGAAAUCCAGUGCGAUGAACUGACUAACUGUGAGAAGCUGGUCAUCCCGGAUGGCGAGUGCUGCCCUGUGUGUCAGACCGACUCAUCCAGCACCGGAGGAACCACCACUUUGGGCGGAGACCGGGUCUAUAAGGGUCAGAAGGGUGAACCAGGGGAUGUCCCACUUGUCACUGGUAUCAGAGGCCGCCCUGGAGCUAUGGGACCUCCCGGCUCUCCAGGAGACAGAGGACCACGUGGAAACAAAGGAAGGCCUGGCCUGCGGGGUCAUGCAGGUUAUGAUGGAGAGCCUGGUGUGCCUGGUCAGCCUGGUGAAGCAGGACCUCCAGGGCCUCCAUCGCACCCAGGGGGUCUGGGAUCCCAGAUGGCCUCAGGGUUUGAUGGGAAAUCGGCACCCCAGGGCAUGUUGACUGGCUCAAGGGGAGAAGCCGGAGCGAGAGGACCUCCUGGACCAAAUGGCUCGCCUGGUCAAUCUGGACAACAGGGGCCUCCUGGAGAUGUUGGAGAUCCAGGACAUAUGGGUCCAUCUGGUCAAAGGGGACCUGAGGGCCCUCCAGGGAAACCAGGUGAAGAUGGAGAGGCUGGCAAAUCAGGAAAUCCUGGAGAAGUUGGAUUCCCUGGAUCAGCAGGUGCUAGAGGAUUUCCUGGUACUCCUGGUCCUCCUGGACUGAAGGGACACAGAGGUCAUGGUGGACCUCUUGGCCAAAAAGGUGAAACUGGAGCUCUUGGAUCCAAGGGCGCCACAGGGCCCCCUGGUCCAAUGGGAGGACCUGGACCCAUGGGUCCUGCUGGGAUGCCAGGGGAGAGAGGGCGCUCUGGACCCAGCGGUAUCGCUGGCAAACGUGGGCCACCUGGUAAUCUUGGAAAACCUGGUCCGAUGGGACCCCUGGGUCUCAGUGGCCCCCCUGGAUAUCCAGGAACCCCAGGAAUGAAGGGACAACCUGGCCCCACAGGUGUCCGGGGUCCUGUGGGCCCACAGGGACAGAGAGGAGAGACAGGUCAUCAGGGUAGAGCUGGACCAGUUGGCAUGACGGGACCCAUGGGUACAGAUGGUGGCCCUGGUGCCAAAGGACCAGUGGGUAAUCUUGGUCCACAAGGUCCUGGCGGCCAUUCUGGACCUCCUGGUCCACCAGGACCUCAGGGAAGCACCGGUCAGCCUGGUAUCAAGGGACAACUGGGAGAUGUUGGUGUUGCAGGAUUUAAAGGAGAAGCUGGACCCAAAGGAGAAUCUGGUCCACCAGGCUCCCAGGGUGUGAUUGGACCUCAGGGUGAGGAAGGAAAGCGAGGACAACGUGGAGAUCCUGGGUCUGUUGGCCCUUCUGGUCCUGUUGGUGAGAGGGGAGCUCCUGGUAACAGAGGAUUCCCCGGUGCUGAUGGGCUCCCAGGACCUAAGGGUGCUCAAGGAGAUCGAGGAACAUCUGGACCCCCGGGACCCAAAGCUUCUGUAGGAGAUCCUGGCCGUACAGGAGAACCUGGUCUACCAGGUGCAAGGGGUCUUACUGGCACCCCUGGAGUCCAAGGGGCAGAGGGCAAGCCAGGACCGCUGGGAGCCUCAGGUGAGGAUGGUCGUCCAGGCCCUGCAGGGUCCAUUGGAAACAGAGGUCCAGCAGGAACUAUGGGAGUUCCAGGCCCUAAGGGCUUCAAUGGUGAUCCAGGAAAGACAGGUGAACAAGGAUCUGCUGGAGUGGCAGGUCAAAGAGGUCCUCCAGGAAAAGAUGGAGAAGUUGGUCCUGCUGGUCCCCCUGGUCCAGCUGGUGUUGCAGGAGAAAGAGGAGAGCAAGGACCUCCAGGUGUAAAUGGAUUCCAGGGUCUGCCUGGAAACCAGGGCCCUCCUGGAGAAUCUGGAAAACCAGGUGAUCAAGGUAUUCCUGGAGAGCUUGGGUCUGUGGGUCAAAUUGGACCAAGGGGGGAGCGUGGAAUUCCUGGUGAGAGAGGAGACCUGGGCCCGAAUGGUCUGCAGGGAACUAAAGGAAUCCCUGGUGCACCUGGUCCAGAUGGACCAAAGGGAAGUCCUGGUCCUCCUGGUGCACUUGGUGAUGUGGGUCCUCCAGGUCUUCAGGGGAUGCCAGGAGAAAGAGGCAUCUCUGGCCCUCCAGGACCCAAAGGGGACAGAGGAGCAAUUGGCGAGAAAGGAUCAGAGGGUACACCUGGAAAUGAUGGAGCAAGAGGGGCCCCAGGUCCUGUCGGCCCAGUAGGAUCUUCAGGACCCAGUGGGGAGAAGGGAGAACCUGGACCCAAAGGACCAGCUGGACCACCAGGAUCCAGAGGAGUGCCUGGAGCAAGAGGUGACCCUGGCCCAAUUGGUGCUGUUGGUUUUGCUGGACCCCCUGGUCCCGAUGGUCAACCUGGAGUCAAGGGAGAGCCUGGAGAGCCAGGCCAGAAAGGAGAUGCUGGAUCACCAGGACCUCAAGGCUUAUCUGGAGCUCACGGACCUCCUGGGCCAGUUGGUGUUGCUGGACUGAAGGGUGGAAGAGGAACACAGGGUGCACCAGGUCCCACUGGUUUCCCUGGAUCUGCAGGAAGAGUCGGACCCCCAGGCCCAACUGGUCCACUUGGAGAACCCGGACCCCUUGGGCCUCCAGGAAAAGAAGGACCUCAUGGUCUUCGUGGAGACCAUGGACCCCCUGGAAGACAAGGAGAGCGAGGUCCAUCGGGACCAACUGGUAGCCCAGGAGACAAAGGGGACUCUGGAGAGGACGGACCCACGGGUCCUGAUGGUCCUCCAGGCCCAGCUGGAACUACAGGGCAAAGAGGCAUUGUGGGUCUCCCUGGUCAGAGAGGAGAGCGAGGGAUGCCAGGCCUUCCAGGACCAGGGGGUCCACCAGGGAAACAAGGCUCCACAGGAUCAUCUGGAGAUAAAGGUCCCUCAGGUCCAGUUGGUGCUCCUGGUGCUAAUGGACCUCGUGGUGAUCCAGGCCCUGAUGGCCCUGCAGGAUCUGAUGGUCCACCAGGCAAGGAUGGCGUUCUUGGACAAAGAGGAGGGCGAGGAGAUUCUGGUCCAGAGGGUAUGAUUGGUCCUCAGGGACUUCCUGGCCCCCCAGGUCCUGUGGGUGCCCCGGGUGAUGCUGGAAGACGAGGAGACGCUGGCUCAAGAGGACCUCUUGGUCCACCUGGCUCUGCUGGAAAGAGAGGAUUAGUGGGACCACAAGGACCAAGAGGAGAUAAGGGUGACCUGGGUGAUCAUGGAGAGAGAGGACAGAAGGGACAUCGAGGGUUCACUGGUCUGCAGGGUCUCCCUGGACCUCCGGGUACGACAGGUGAGCAAGGAGCUCCAGGAAUCGUUGGACCAAGCGGCACCAGGGGGCCUCCUGGACCUGUUGGACCUCCUGGAAAGGAAGGAUACCUGGGGCAGUCGGGGCCCAUGGGACCUCCUGGAACUCGUGGAAUCAGCGGAGAAAUCGGACCAGAGGGCCCUCCAGGAGAGUCCGGACCCCCAGGUCCUCCCGGUCCCCCAGGACCUCCCACGGCUGCAUUGGACGAACUCUUCGGCCCUCAGGAUUAUGACUCUGGCCCUCCUCCUCCUCCUGAGUUCAGCGAGGAUGAGGCUCUGCCCAACAGCAACUCUUCAGGCAACGUGGUCGUGGACCCCAGCGUCCAGGCUACGCUGAAGGCCCUCAGCAGCCAGAUCGACAACAUGAAGAGCCCGGACGGCAGCAGGAAACAUCCAGCCAGGACCUGCGACGACCUGAAGAGAUGCUACCCCACUAAGAAGAGUGGUGAGUACUGGGUGGAUCCAAACCAAGGCAGUGCAGAGGACGCCAUCAAAGUGCACUGCAACAUGGACACCGGAGAGACCUGCAUCUCCGCCAACCCAGCCAGCAUACCUCGUAAAUCGUGGUGGAGCUCUUCCAGGAACAAGCCUGUGUGGUUCGGAGCCGACAUCAACAGGGGAACACAUUUUACCUACGGCAACAAAGAUCAGCCAGCAAACUCCGUCACUGUUCAGAUGACCUUCAUCCGCCUCCUCUCCAAAGAAGCAUCCCAGACAGUCACCUACCACUGCAAGAACUCUGUGGGCUACAAGGAUGAGAAGACGGGCAACUUGAAGAAAGCCGUAAUCCUCAAAGGCUCCAACGACCUGGAGCUCAAAGCCGAGGGAAACAACCGCUUCAGAUACACAGUGGUGCAGGACUCCUGCUCUCAAGCGAAUGGCAACUGGGGCAAGACCGUGUUUGAGUACAGGACACAGAAAACAGCAAGACUUCCUAUUGUGGAUCUUGCCCCUGUGGACAUUGGUGGCCCAGAUCAAGAGUUCGGCAUCGAUAUCGGGCCCGUGUGCUUCUUGUAAGAACGAUAGCUGGGAGGCGUCGAGGACAAUCCUGAGACUAUUGAACUGACAGCUGACGCGAUCAGCCACGUUGUACAUACAAGUACUGAGAACUACUCUGGCCCUGCGGCAAGAUAUUUAUUGUGCCUUUUCGACCCAGUUCAAGACAUCGACGAUUUGUAAGUUAGAAGAAUGUUUGGAAUUUACAUAAAUUUUUUGGGUACAAAUCGGUAUCAUUCCUCUGUCUUCUUGCGUAUGUUUGACUUCAAGCUUUGUGCAUUUUGAGGGUCACUGUGGUCUCGUUUGGUCCAAAGAUCUUUACACCAUCAUUUUAAUUUACAAAUCCACUUUGCCAAAGAUUCAUGAAUAUAGAAGCUUUAACAUAUUAUUGGUAACUGCUGUUUACAAUCCCAGAAAAAACCCAGCUGGAGUUAAGUCAAAUGUCACUCCCGACAAAAAUUUUUAUUAAGUUUUUAUUUCUCAAUGUUUUCAUUGUCUGAAUAUUGAAACAAGAUUGUGGUGCUAUUGAGGAAACAAAUACAGCUGAGGACAAGUUCACCAGCUCCGGUAUUUUCUCAAGACAGUUUUGAUGGAGCCGUGUCUGUAUCCAGUUGUUUUAAACUCUGUACCGAUCACGUAGAAACAUUAGAGACACAUUAAGACUGUCGAUUCCUCAGUGUUAGCUACCUCGUCACCGAAACUGAGAAAACGAUGACACUAUGUGUAUUAUAAUUUUUUCUUUUGAUUUUCACCGGUGCUGUUUUGUAAGUAGUGUGAUCUUUGUGCACUUCUCCCGGCUACGCGGUACAGGGCAGGGUUUGGGGAUGCCAAUAAAGACCUUUCUGUCGAAGAUGGAGAGAUGAAUGAGGUGUCGUGUGACUGGUGUGUGGUCAUUUGUGACACGUUUCUUUCCCUAAAACUUUUUAUCAGUAUAAGGUAGCACAGAAUAUUCUAUUUUUAUGCAUGUCGGUUCCCCCUUUGCAGUAUCCUGGACUUAUAUGCUCUUUUUUUAUAAUCACUUUUAUAGAAUAAGGUGGCUGUGUGUGCCUGUUUGCUUUGUAUUUCUUGCUAUGCAACAAAUUAAACACAAUGCUUGUAAAUCCC